AUGGAUGUCGCCCCUGGUGCGCAAAAUAAUGCUCCUCAAGCAAGCAGCAGCUCCUUGGACAAUGUAAGCGACGACACAAGAGUUUGGCUGUGGUAUAUGUCUGUUGGUGGCAAUGCAGAUCCCCCGAAAUCAUUGCUGCACAUUCCUCAUAAACGCAUGGAGCUCUACUCCCUCAAACCACGUAAAUGGCUCCUCUAUUUAGCGUCUGUCAUAUUAGGCAUUGAUGGGACACUUCGUUUCCUUAAUGGGGACGAGGACUUUACUGAAGGGGAGAUGGACGAGGACGUCGGGCCUGGGGACCGCUAUGUAUUUUGCUUCGACGGAGAAGCGAGGUUCUUAGAUUAUCUACUGAGGGGCACUCGCCAUGAUCGAAGUUCCUCUACCUCUACCCGUUCUCGUGUUGUGCCGAAUGAACUGAAGGAAUACUAUGGUGGUUGCCCGUUUAGUCUGGUUCCGGCAGAAUUGUGUGACGUGAGCCACCUCAUACCGUUUACAAAGGGCGACGACUAUCUCCACAGACUCCUUGCAACUCGUGGCGAGCCCGACGACGCCAUGUCCAUUGAUGACUAUCAGAACCAGAUAGUAAUGUAUAAAGGACUCCAUGGCGCCUUUGAUAUUAAACGCAUCGCGUUCCUUAAGACCCCGAAUAAGUUCCUCAAGACCAACGACGUGCCAGGCGGGGAGAAUGCUCUACCGAACAUUUAUCGUGUCACACUUCACAGCUUUAUGGAAGAUGAGGGAGUUCGUGACACCCUGCAUCACAAUGCCCAUUCCUCAUUGACAAGAGGUUCUGGGUCAAGGAAUCUUCACGCAAGAGGAGACACUGUUGGAGAGUAUCUACCUCGAGACAUCUUACUUGAUCUCACUUAUGCAUCUACCGUGUUUUUUAACUUCGGCACUCCAGAAGCAAAUGAGAUGCUAAAAAAGAACGCCGAGCGUGAUUAUUAUCCGGGCGGUAUUGUCAAAAGAGGUGAAGAUAGGGAGGGAAAGGCAGAAAAGGAGCAGAGAAAACGCAAAUACGAAGGAGAGAAUCAAGGACGCAGUGAAAGGGUUGUUCGACGAUCGAGAAGUGGCAACAAUGAUGGCGAUCAUGCUGACGGGAAUGGAAGACAAUUCGACUUCUGGGACGGGUUUUACGCAAUGCAGUUGAUGAUUCAUGGCAUUCGGCCCGAAGACAUUGAAGCAGAGGAAGAACGACGCAGGAGAGAGACAGAGGAGUUGAAUGCACAGAGAAUUGCUAGAUGGCGGAAGACUGUUGAUGAGAGCCCUAUAUAGACUCAAUACGAGCAGCAUGGAAGAAACCUGAAUCUUGCAAAUGAAAAUCGAAGGAAAGUGGUGGUAAAUGAACACUCGGCACAGUCAACAGUCUCACACAAUGUUUAUUCUUCUUCAUGCGUUGGCUCGGACCUACUUUGCUUCUUGCCUUUUCGCAAAAGCAUUGGCUUGAGAGUAUGGAUGUGAUGACAGGACUGGUGGAGAUGGUGGUGGGACAAUACCCAGUGAAGGAGGGAGUGGCGAACUGAUUGCAGAUUUCUAUCCAGGUUCUUUUACAGU